UUCCAAGCAGAACUAAAGAUAACUUAUCUUGUUUUUAUUGUUUUUAUUUGCUGAUCAAUCUUACAUCAAGAUUAACUUUCGCUUUCGGAAAAUUUGCAAGUCAGACAGUAUAAGAGAGAACUAAAAGUAUGGCUGAAAUACGGUUUGAUGGAAAAGUGGCGGUUGUUACUGGUGCAGGUGCCGGUCUCGGUCGUGAAUAUGCUUUACUCUUAGGAUCAAGGGGUGCAAAGGUUGUUGUUAAUGAUUUGGGUGGACAUUUUGAUGGAGAAGGGCAGUCUACAAAAGCAGCUGAUGUAGUAGUAGAAGAAAUAAAAGCUCUCGGAGGUAUAGCAGUUCCAAAUUACAAUAGUGUUACAGAUGGAGAUAAAAUAAUUGAAACAGCUAUAAAUAAUUUUGGAAGAGUUGACAUAGUUAUUAAUAACGCUGGGAUUUUGCGAGACAAAUCUUUUGCUAAUAUUUCUGAGAAGGACUGGGAUUUAAUUCAAGAUGUUCAUGUUAAAGGAAGUUUUAAAACUACACAAGCUGCUUGGCCCUAUUUCAAGAAGCAAAAGUAUGGCAGAAUAAUUUUGACAGCAAGUAAUUCAGGCAUAUAUGGUAAUUUUGGCCAAGCAAAUUAUAGUUCAGCUAAAUUGGGUUUAGUUGGGUUAGCAAACACUUUGGCCAUUGAAGGAGGCAAGUAUAAAAUUCAUUGCAACGUAAUCGUUCCAACUGCUGCGUCUCGAUUAACCGAAGGAAUUUUGCCUGAUAUUAUGUUUCAACAGCUGAAACCAAAGCUUAUAGCUCCAGUUGUUGCUUAUUUAUGUCAUGAAUCUUGUCAAGAUAAUGGUUCUAUUAUAGAAAGUGCAGCAGGUUGGGCUACUAAAAUACAUUUUGUACGAGGGAAAGGUGCAGUAUUGAGAAAAUCUUUGGACGAAAAUGACAUUAAACCAGAAGUUGUAAGAGAUAAAUGGCAAAGGAUAACCGAUAUGUCGAAAGCCAAAAGAUUUAAUGCUAUACAAGAAGCGAGCGGAAAUUUACUUGAAAUAAUUGAGGGCUUGCAAGAUGGAACACAAGGCGAUUCGGAAUUCGAAGAUACAUUCAAAUUUGGAUCUAAAGAUUUGAUUUUAUACUCUUUAGGAAUAGGAGCAAGUGUUACUCACAAGCCCGAUAUGAGAUACCUUUACGAAAAUCAUGAAGAUUUUGGACCAUUUCCAACUUACUUUGUUCUUCCAGGUUUAUUACUGAGUAUGGGGAGUACUUUAGUUGCAUCUGCUUUGAAACAUACACAGGUUGACUUUACUAAUAUAUUGCAUGGGGAACAAUAUUUAGAAAUAUUAAGCGAUUUGCCUAAAAAUGGAGAACUAACUACUAAAGGAGAAGUUUUUGAUAUAAUGGAUAAAAAAUCUGGAGCCGCCGUUGUUACCAAUUGCAAUAGUUAUGAUCAAUCAGGAAAUUUAAUUGUUAAAAAUCAAAGUACAACAUUCGUCGUUGGUGCUGGAAAUUUCGGUGGUAAAAAAGAUCCUAAAUCGGGAGUAGUUCCCAUAUUAAAAAAUCCAAACAGGAAACCAGAUAAAUCUGUUAUAUACAAAACCUCUUUGGAUCAAGCUGCUUUAUAUCGUUUAUCAGGAGAUUUAAAUCCUUUACAUAUUGAUCCAAAUAUGGCAGUAAUGGCAGGAUUUAAAGUACCAAUUUUGCAUGGACUUUGCAGUUUAGGAUUUUCUGUGAGAGCUGUUUUAAAUACAUACGCUGGUAAUGAUGCAAGUCAAUUUAAAGCAGUAAAAGUUCGUUUUUCAAAUCCAGUAUUACCAGGACAAUCAUUAAGAGUGGAUAUGUGGUGCAAUAAAAACGAAAAGAGAAUAUAUUUUAGAACUGUUGUGAUUGAGAACAAUAAGGAAGUUAUUUCUGGUGCAUAUGUUGAUUUAAAAAAUAUUGUUGCGGCAAAACUAUAAAAUGUCUCGUUUUUUCUAUUGGUUACAAUACAUAAACAUAAUGCCUAUAUCUUAUUUUACUAAAUCUUUUAUGUUUUAAGAAAUACAAAUCAAUAUUUUUCAUUACAUGUCGAUAUAAUUAAAUUUAUACUUACAAACAUACAUACAUAUAUAUAUUUUUUAUAAAGUGGGGGGUUCAUUUAAUGGUCAUGUUUAUUGUUAAAUUGAAUAUAAUUAAAUAAUUAAAU